AUGUUUCAAGAAAUAAUACCAAAGAAUUCAGAUUUCUUCAUGAUGGAUAGUUAUUGGAAAUAUUUACAAAAAUCUAAUCUCGAUGAAUUGUCUCUACCUAACUUUACAGAAGAAAGUACUGUUAGUCAAGAAAAUAUAAUUUAUGAAAGAUACAAAUUUGAUGAUAAACCUGUAGAGCCUUGUGAAAUUAGACCAGAGCCUCAAGAAUUUGAAGACCUUACUAAAGGUUUAGUGAAUUUUUUAGAUGUGUGGGUUGAGAUAUCAGCAGAAAAGGUUAAAGAAAUUAAUAAGAGUGAUGAUGAUAAUGAUAAUAAGAUGCCUUCUGAAAUUGAGAACAUCAUUUAUCCAGCUGUAGAUCCUGCUACUAAAUGGGAUCUAAAAUCACUCUUUAACAAUUUACAAUUACCUUAA